GGGAGAAUAGGAUGCAAUUCCUGUUCAUAAAUCAACUGGUCAGUUUCAUACUGAUAUUUGCCAUGGUCUAUCGUUUCUCAAGCGGAAGUUGUCACAUUGCCAACUGGUGGAGAAGCCUGGAUUUCACCCCGGGAUGGUCGGUGUGCCCAAGAAACAACACCUACCUGAAGGGAUUCUGGAGGAGUGAAAAAAAGACUGGAGAUGAAAGAGUUGGACGCCUAGAACGAGGAAGUUGCUGCGAUGCUGUGGAGCCUCGUUACACCGGUCAACCUUCAAAAUGUGUGAAUAAAGACUGGUCACGCACGUUGAAUGGAAACUAUACCUGGGCUUUAUGUCCACCAGGCUUUUACAUGAAUGGCAUCAGAACCGGACUUCAUAAUCAUCAUAAGGCCUUUUUGAACCACAUCGAUGAGGCACAAUGUUGCCAUCCAAAGGAUCAUCCCAGCAGUUAUGAAGAUUGUUACGAUGAAGAUGUUGCUAAAAAAUUCAACCGCAAAGGUUGGAGCAAAUGCCAGGGGAAAGGUUAUUACAUGACCGGUUUCUACAAAAGUAGCUGCGAUGAACUCAACUGUAUUGACAAGUUCAGAUGCUGCAAGAUGAAAAACGGGCAACCAAACAGUAUUUCAGAUCUACAGCGAGAGGUUGAUGCCAUCAUCACCAGUGGUUCCAAAUCCACCAAUAUAAGCACGGUCAUCACCUCAUUUUUCAAUUUGACGAGGCCUGAGAACGAAAUUAAACUCAACCUGAGCGAAUUGUCUUCUUCCGUGAAUGUGCUUGCACAACUUGUGAGGUAUAACUUAAUGAAAAACAACAGCGCGAUUGGCACAACAUCAGACCAACAAAACAUCGUGAAAGUGGCAAGUAAUUUAUUGGAUGAGGAAAAUACAAACACGUGGUUGCUGUUACAGGAGGUAAUGUUGUUGAUCCUGAAAAGUUUUUCUGUUUUUGUUCUAGUUCCCUAUCACCAGCUGUAAUUUCCUCUUGAUUAAAAAGAAAAAACACAGUAAAACUAGUCUUUCAGCCAAUCAGUUUAUUUUUCUAAAAAGAGACAAGUUCCGCAUGUAAUAUGAUUAUAUGUUAGAUAAGUUUGUGGUUUUCAAAAUUUUAUAUUUUAGUAUUGCAAUUUUUUUUUUCUAGGUAAGGUGAUAAACCUAAGGCUGAGUAGUCUAGAGCAUGGUUUAGAAAAUUAAGGUUCUCGUGAAAUGUUUCUCUUGUUUGUGUUUAAAUUCUGUUUUCUCAGUCAUUUUUUAGUUACGC